GAAUAAAGUUAUAAUGAACUCAAUAUUUCAACUUCCCUUCCUUCCUAAUUUCUUCAAGCAAAAACAGUAUGAGAUAAAUCUACUCACAUUAUUCCCAUUCCUUUUCACUUUUCUCAUCUUCAUUUUAAUGAUACUGAAAAUAACAAGGAAGAGAUCAAUAGUUUCUCAUGACCCCACCAAAACUACUACUCCAAAUUUACCACCCGGACCUUGGAAACUACCCAUCAUAGGAAACCUUCACCUCUUGAUCAUAGGAUCUGAUCUUCCCCACCACCGCUUGAGAAACUUAGCCGGGAAAUACGGACCGUUGAUGCACUUGAAACUCGGAGAGGUUUCCCACAUUGUCGCCUCUUCACCGGAGGCUGCGAAAGAGGCGAUGAGAACCCAUGAUAUCAACUUUGCUCAAAGGUCCCUAGGCCUUCCGGAAGCCGACGUGUAUGCCUCUUUGGGCAUUACCUUUUGCCCUCAUGGGGACUAUUGGAGACAACUUCGGAGAGUUUGCACGCAAGAACUUUUGAGCCCUAAGCGCGUAAAGUCCUUCCAAUCCAUUAGAGAAGAAGAAGUGUCCAAUCUCAUUGGAUAUCUUAGAUCAAACCAAGGGUCUCUUGUCAACCUGAGUGAGAAAAUCUUUGCCUUGACAUAUUCAAUAACAUCCAGGGCGGCAUUUGGGAAGAAAUGCAAAGAGCAAGAAGCCUUCACUGAGGCUACAAAGGAAGGUCUUAAGAUCUCCGCGGGUUUCAAUGUUUCUCAUGUGUUUCCGUCCCAGAAUUGGCUUCGCCGGAUCACCGGAUUAGGGCCUAAAGUUGAGAAGAAUUUGAAGAAAACGGAUGAGAUACUUCAAAGCAUAGUGGAUGCUUAUAAAGCACGCAAGGCAACAAGGACGGAUAGUGCUGACAGUAAUGAUGCAGCCGAGAUCACUUUGCUAGACGUUCUUUUCAGUCUUGAGGAAAAGGGUGAUAAGGACUUCUCUUUGGAGACCGCAAACAUAAAAGUCAUUAUCAUGGACAUUUUCAUGGCCGGGGGCGAGACGUCAUCCUCAGUCAUAGAGUGGGCAAUGCUAGAGAUGCUGAAGAACCCGAAACUAAUGGAGAAGGCACAAGCAGAGACGAGGCGAGUCUUCGGAAGAAAAGGAAAUGUCGAAGAGACAAACGAUCUCAACGAGCUAGAAUUCUUAGACUUGGUCAUCAAAGAAACCCUACGAUUGCACCCUCCGGUCGUGUUAAUUCCAAGAGAAUCGAAAGAAAGUUGCGUCAUCAAUGGAUACCAAAUACCCGAGAAAACCAAGUUCAUCAUCAAUACGUGGGCAAUAGGGAGAGAUCCCAAGCACUGGAGUGAACCAGAGAAAUUCAAACCAGAAAGGUUUCUCGAGAGUUCGAUUGAUUUCAAAGGCGGUGAUUUUCAUUUCAUUCCAUUUGGCGGAGGAAGGAGGAUGUGUCCCGGAAUCUGGUUUGCAUUGGCAGAUGUUAAGCUUCCUCUUGCUCAAUUGUUGUUUCAUUUUGAUUGGAAACUACCUGAUGGGAUCAGCCACGAGAAUUUGGAUAUGAGUGAGAGUUUUGGUCUGACUGUGAGAAGAAGAGGAGAUCUUUUCUUGAUUCCAAUUCCCUGUCAUGUUAAUCAAUGAAAAAAAGGGCCCGCUCUACUUUUAAACAAAAUAGGCAAUUUCCAAAGACCCCAAAUAACUAAUAAGACUCCAUAUUGGUUGUAUCUAUAUGUUAUUAUUCUUCUGCAUUAAGGGUGAGUUUAUUUUGCAUCAAAGGAAA